AAAUCAGCAUUAGAUUUUGAAAAAUACUGUUAUGAGCAGGAGGCUAUAUAUAUUAGGUAUCCGAUUGGAAAACAUACUUGUCAGAAUUGUCUUGCUGGAUUAAUUUCUUCAUCAUUUGAUGUGAUGUCAGCCACUAACGGCACGGGGGCAACUACUUUGCCACUAAGCACCCGCGUUACUCUAGCAUUUUUAAUGGGCUUACUAGCUUUUGCUAUAAUGCUGGGAAAUGCUGUGGUUAUUCUAGCUUUUGUGGUGGACAAAAAGCUGAGACGUCGAAGUAAUUACUUUUUCCUUAACUUGGCCAUUGCUGACUUCUUUGUUGGUGUGAUCUCCAUCCCUUUGUACAUCCCUCACACGCUGUUUGAUUGGGACUUUGGAAAUGGACUCUGUGCAUUUUGGCUCAUUGUUGACUAUCUUUUGUGUACAGCAUCUGUGUAUAACAUUGUUCUCAUCAGCUAUGAUCGGUACCAGUCAGUCUCAAAUGCUGUAUCUUACAGAGCUCGACACACUGGGAUCUUGAAGAUCGUGGCUCUGAUGAUGGCUGUCUGGGUACUGGCCUUCUUAGUGCAUGGGCCAAUAAUUCUAAUUUCAGAGUCUUGGAAGAAUUCCAGUUGGAGAGUCUUGGAGGAGAAGGCUUGUGAACCUGGAUUUUUUACCAUAUGGUACAUCCUCGCCAUCUCGUCUUUCUUUGAAUUCCUGGUCCCAGUCUUUGCAGUGGCCUAUUUCAACAUGUACAUUUACUGGAGCCUGUGGAAGCGUGGCAAUCUCAGCCGGUGGCAAAGCCAGCCCACACUCCCUUCUCCUGUCUCUCCCAGUAACUGGGGAUCCUCACUCAGGGGUGGACUGUUUUCAAGAACAUCUCUUCCUGAACUGAAGGAAACAGCACCAUCUACUCCUUUGAAAAGACAUGAAAGAAAGAGCAGUCUCUUGUUCUCUUUAAGAGCCCAGAUGAAUGGCAGUAUAAUUGCUUCCAAAAUGGCUUCCCUCGCCCAUUCUGAUUCCCUGUGUCUUCACCAAAGAGAACAUAUUGAACUAUUCAGAGCCAGGAAAUUAGCCAAGUCACUGGCCAUUCUCUUAGGUGUUUUUGCCUUUUGCUGGGCUCCCUAUUCUCUGUUCACAAUCAUUCGUUCAAUUUACCCACUAGACCAGCGUCCUCAAAUAGUUGGGUAUGAAAUCACGUUUUGGCUUCAAUGGCUCAAUUCCUUUGUCAAUCCUUUCCUGUAUCCGUUGUGUCACAGGCAUUUCCAGAAGGCUUUCUCGAAAAUACUUCGUAUGAGAAAGCAAUCCAUAUCAUCACAAAAUCAGUCAAUGUCCUCUUAAAGAUAACUUUAUCCUUUGUAAAAAUUUUAGUCUUAAUCUCACCUACAGGAAUUUGAUCUGACUUUCAGUUUGCCCUUUCCACUCUGCCAGGAAAGUCCAUAAAAUUGUAACACUUGAAAACUUAAAAAAAAAAAAAAAUCGAAGCCUGGAAGUCAAGGGAAAAUUAUCCUGGUGAAUAAUAAUAGUACAAUUAGAAAUAGAUGACAAUGUUUUUGUAAACUCAUAGCCGCAAAUGCACUGUACUUUUCUUACUCAUUGCCGCUUCCUUGUCUUUUAGAUCUUGAUAUCGCAUUGAUGGUGAAAGUUAAGAGUUCUUGUUUUCUUUCCAAGUUCGGUGUUUGCUAUAGCCUUAAGUGAAUUUCCCUUUUUAUUUUAUAGUGAGGAAAAAUUGUAAAGUUUUAAAGCCAUUUUUCCUAAAGUGUACAAUGGAAAAGGGGGCUAUAUUGCCCUCUUUGCUGGAGGUGGGCGUUAUGAUCAGUGGGCAGGUGUGUUGAGGUUUGAGUUGUCAGAAGCAGGGAGUGAGGGUGUGCCCAGAUAGAAAAGUGGAAGGCAUGUGUACUUCCGGACUCUGUGUUCCUGAUCCCAGGAAAGGAGGAAGUGUGGGGAAGGAAGAGCAGGUAACUGCAGCUCUCAGAAUCCUCCAGGGCCGUUAUCUGGGAGGCUCGGCAAUCACAGGAUGAGCGAGUAAGGGACGGACGAGAUCAUCCUCUGGUUGAAAGGAUGGCUUUCCUUUUUUCCUUCCCGCCCUCUUCUUCCAACUUCCGCAUUGGCUAAGACUUCUGUGAGAAAAUAUGGAAGAAAAGAGAAAGGCUAAGAGAUAACAAAAGGACUAUGUGAUUCAACUUGAUGUACCUGGUAUAACAUUCACAGAACUAGUGGAUGUCAAUAAUUAUUAAUAAAAUAUACUUCUGUAUUUA